AGCGCUGGCAGUUUAAUGAGAUCCAUCCUGCCCACCCCCUGUCCCAUCGAGGUGGGGGCGGGAGGGAGGGAGGGAGGGAGACUCCUCCUUUUUGUGAGUCAUUCUCGGGCAAGGGAGGGAGGGAGGGGAGGCGGCGAGCCUCCGGAGCACUCACGUUCCGGGCGGGUUGGAGAAAGAAGACUUGGGCGAGCGACCAUCCGGAGCGCCGGCUGGGAUUUUGCUCCGGCCUCUCAGCCCAUCCACCGAGACCCCCUUCUCUCCACCCCGCACCCCCAGGCCCAGCCAUGUUGCCCCGGGCCCUGCUCUUCCUCUUCGGCGUACCCUGCGCUUGGGGCUUCAACCUGGACGCCGAGGCGCCGGCGCUUUUCCGCGGCCCCCCCGGCAGCUCCUUCGGCUUCUCGGUGGACUUUUACCUCCCGGACGCGCAGAGUGCCAGUGUCCUCGUGGGAGCACCCAAGGCCAACACAAGCCAGAUGGACAUUACAGAGGGGGGUGCUGUCUACUACUGUCCCUGGCCCCUUGGCGAGAGCAGCUGCAUACCCAUUGAAUUUGACAGCAGCAAAGGCCUGCGCCCCCCUGUACAGUUGGCGAACCUACAAUGACGAGCCUGAGCAUGAGGUUGUGGGCACCUGCUUCUUGUCCAUCAACAACUUCACCAAGUUUGUGGAAUACGCACCUUGCCGCUCAGAAAAGAGCGGGCUCAGAUUUCAAGGCUACUGCCAAAGUGGCUUUAGUGCUGAAUUCACAAAGGCUGGACGUGUUCUCCUUGGUGGCCCUGGAAGCUAUUACUGGCAAGGCCAGGUGCUUUCAGCAGCACAGGAUGCCAUUGUGGAGGUAUAUGACCCAAAUUAUUUAGUCCUGGAGGCUCGAGGUCAACUCAAGACGGGUCAGGCUAACUUCAAGGCUGAUGACAGCUACCUUGGCUACUCUGUGGCGGUCGGUGAAUUUAGCGGAGAUGCCACUGAAGACUUUGUGGCUGGCGUUCCUAAAGGAAACCUGACUUAUGGAUAUGUCACAAUUCUAAAUGGAAGUGACAUUCGGCCCCUGUACAACUUUUCUGGAGAGCAGAUGGCUGCCUAUUUUGGCUAUGCUGUGGCUGCCACUGAUCUCGACGGUGACAGCCUAGAUGACCUACUGAUUGGUGCCCCCUUAUACAUGGAAAAAACAGAAGAUGGUCGUGUGCAGGAGGUGGGCAGAGUCUACAUCUUCCUGCAACAGCUGUACGGCAUGGAGCCAGUGGCGUCGGCCGCACUUACUGGUCACCAAGAAUUUGGUCGCUUUGGCAGUGCUAUUGCUCCCCUGGGAGACCUUGACCAGGACGGCUACAAUGAUGUGGCCAUUGGGGCCCCGUUUGGUGGCAAGGAGCAGCAAGGCAUGGUCUAUGUGUACAAUGGCCGGCCUGGCGGACUGAACCCCAAGCCUUCUCAGGUGUUACAGGGCCACUGGCCAGCUGGCCAGACUCCAGACUUCUUUGGCUUCUCCAUGCGUGGGGCUAAGGACCUGGAUGGAAACGGCUACCCAGAUCUGAUUGUGGGAGCCUUUGGAAUGGACACAGCCCUGGUUUACAGGGGCCGCCCCAUUGUUCAUGCAAGCGCCACUCUCAGCAUCUUCCCCACCAUGUUUAACCCUGAGGAGAGAGCUUGCACCCUAGAGGGCACUGGAACCCCCGUUGCUUGCAUCAACCUGAGCUUUUGUCUGAAUGCAUCUGGGAAACAUGUGCCCGACUCCAUUGGGUUCAAUGUGGAGCUGCACCUCGACCACCUCAAACAGAAAGGGGCAGUGAAGAGAGCGCUCUUCCUGCGUUCCCGCCAGCCCCACCUAGUCGAGACCCUCCAAAUCCGCAACGGUGCCAGCUCUGAGUGCCGCGAGAUGAAGAUCUACCUCAGGAACGAGACUGAAUUCCGCGACAAGCUCUCCCCCAUCCACCUGUCCCUCAACUUCUCGCUGGAUCCAGAGGCCCCGCAGGACGCACAUGGUCUGCAGCCCAUCCUCAACUACCUCACGCACAACCACAUUGAACAGAAGGCCCAGAUCCAGCUGGACUGUGGUGAAGACAAUGUCUGUGUCCCUGACCUUCAGCUUGACGUUUUUGGGGACCACACUGUUGUCUACCUGGGAGACAAGAAUGCGCUGAACCUCACCUUCCACGCCCAGAACCGCGGUGAGGGUGGUGCUUAUGAGGCUGAGCUCCACGUUACCAUCCCACCAGAAGCAGACUACAUGGGGGUUCUGCGGAAUCAUGGGAACCUUUCCAGCCUGAGCUGCCACUAUGACACGGUGAAUGACACCAACAUGGUUUUCUGUGACCUCGGCAACCCAAUGAAGGCAGGCACCAGUCUCUGGGGUGGCCUACGCUUUACUGUGCCUCACCUUGAUGCGAAGAAAUCCAUCCAAUUUGACUUUCAGAUUCACAGCAAGAACGCAAACAACUCCCACAGUGAGGUGGCUUCGUUCCCCUUGCGUGUCGAGGCUGCCGUUCAUCUCAAAGCCCAGGGAGCAUCCAUGCCAGAGACAGUGUCCCUUCCAGGGACUGGCUUGCUCCCAAGUCGAGCGCUGCAACGAGAACAAGACGUGGGCCCCGGCGUGUGCCAUGUCUAUGAGUUUUUGAAUGACGGGCCAAGCGCCAUCAGCGAGGGGAUCCUGGACAUCAGCUGCCCGCUCCGGACUCAAGGGCGAGCUGUGCUGUACAUGACACGCUACGUGGCGCAAGCCAACUGCACCUCCAGCCACCUCCUCAACCCGUCACGCCUGCAGCUGGAGCAGAGCUCAGCAGCUUCACCUUGGCCAGAGCAGCACUAUGUGCAGAAACAAGAUGGAGUUUUGAACACUCUGAAAUGCAAUGACGAGGAGUGCUUCCAGCUCCGCUGCCACAUGGGGGCGGUGCAGAGACAGAAAAGUGUCAGCUUGCGCCUCUACUUCCGCAUCUGGUCCAAGAGCUUCCAGCUGAAAGAGAAUAAUCCCUACACCAUACAGUGUGAAGCUGUCUACUACGUGCAGAAAGUGCCCUACAAAAUCCAGCCUCUAGAGAAACCCACCGCUUACCUCAAGGUGCAAACAUCACUGCACUGGCCCAAGGCAGAGACCAGUCAGGGGGUUCCUCUCUGGAUCAUCAUCUUAGCCAUUCUGAUUGGAUUGCUGCUCUUGGCGCUGCUCAUCUAUGUUCUAUACAAGCUGGGCUUUUUCAAGCGCUCACUUCCUUAUGGCACGGCUAUGGAGAAAGCUCAGCUGAAGCCACAAGCCGCUUCAGAAGCCUAGCAGGCCCAGCCUCGCCCUCCAUGUAGGUGUGUUGCCGCUGCUGCCCUGCAAAGAGGCACCAGGAUCGUCCGCUGUGAGCACUGAGAAGGGGAGCACAGCCAACACCAGCAGGGCAGGGCCACAGGCACCGGGCCCCACGGACUGCUGCAGAGGCCAGGCACCUCUGCUCCUCACAGAGAAAGAGGCUGCAGGCUCUGAAGGCCCAACGCCCUCCCUCUCCCCCCAUUUCCCUGGGGCUUGGAUCCUACAAAACCCAUCGUGCCCUGACUGGGGGUUGCAGCAAAGGCAUUUGCUCCCAGCAAAAAAGGGAAUACUUGAAGCCGCUGGAGCGGCCGGUGCUGGUCUGAUCUCAGGCCCCCUAGUGUCAAGCUGUCUGUUCCGUCCAUAUGUGGGGAAGGGCGCAGUGCCCUGGACAGUUUCCAAGCUGCCAGUCUCCUCUGAUAAUAACCACAGCUUGGCUGAAAGAGAAAAAGAAGCACAAUCACCUCCCGAGUCCAGCUCUUUCUCCGCCACAGGCUGGAAUGAAGGAUCCUGGGCUCUCACUUCCGGUCUUCCCCCCAGCCUGCUUCCUGUGGGGGAUGAUGUGGGACAGAGACUUAAGCUGGGAAAGCCAGGUGCUCCCGCAAUGCCAAAGAUUUGCCACGUUUGGAAGCCAAGCCAUCACCCGGUGUCGGCCCGGACUCGCCGACGGUCUUCGCACUGAUCUCCAGAAACCGCUAGAGAUUUUAUUUUUCAGAUGCCACUUUAAUUAAAAGAGGAUGAAGAAAUGAGAAUGAAGAAAUGAGGAAGCUGCCGCUGCCUCAUGGCAGAGACAGGGGUUGCCGAGUUUAAUUUAAAAUGUUCAUGUGCAAUAAAUGCUUCCAUAUUUUCCACAA